AGGGAAGUAAGAACAUUUUGCAAAAGAAGUUAGAAGCAAAGUAAUUGCAAGUGAAAGUAAGAUCAUCAUCCGAUGGAUUUGAGUAAUAAUUGUGAAAAUGGUGGAGUCAAUCAAACGAAGGUUGUUCGUAUUAUUUGGGUUGAUACCUCUGGACAACAUAGAUGUCGUGUUAUUCCAUCAACGCGAUUCAAUGAUGUGGUUAAAAAGAAUGGGGUUGGUUUGUCUGUUGUAUGCAUGGCAAGAUCUUCUCACACUGAAAUUCCAAUUGGAAAAGAUCUCACAGGUGUUGGUGAAAUCAGAUUGCUACCAGAUUUAUCAACCAAACGAAUAGUUCCUUGGAUGGAGCAAGAGGAAAUGGUAAUGGGUGAUAUGUAUAUUAGACCUGGUGAAGCUUGGGAGUAUUGUCCAAGGGAAACUUUGCGUAGACUCUCUUCAAUUCUUAAAAAUGAAUUUGAUUUGGAAAUGAAAGCAGGCUUUGAAAUUGAGUUUUUGCUAUUGAAAAAGGCAGUCAAAGAUGGAAAGGAAGAUUGGGUGCCAUUUGAUUCAUCAUCGUAUUGUUCUACAUUUUCAUAUGAUGCUGCAGCUCCUUUUUUCCACGAUAUAGUUGAUUGUUUGAACUCCCUAAAUAUUACCGUGGAACAGUUGCAUGCAGAGGCAGCAGAAGGUCAAUUUGAGUUUGCUUUGGGGUAUACUACAUGUCUCACUGCUGCUGAUGAACUAAUUUACACUCGUGAAGUAAUUAAGGCUGUUGCUCGAAAGCAUGGUUUGUUGGCAACAUUUAUACCCAAGUAUGCAAUGGACGAUGUUGGUUCUGGAUGCCACGUACACAUCAGUCUAUGGCAGAAUGGAAAAAAUGUUCUAAUGGCGGCUGACAAAUCUUCCAAACAUGGGAUGUCAACAAUAGGGGAAGAGUUCAUGGCAGGGGUUUUAUAUCAUAUUCCAUCAAUUUUACCUUUUAUAGCUCCACUUCCCAACAGUUACGAUCGUAUACAACCGAAUACAUUGUGUGGAGCUUAUCAUUGUUGGGGUAAAGACAAUAGAGAAGCCCCAAUUAGAACGGCUAGUCCACCUGGAAUUGGUGUUAAUUUAGUGAGUAACUUUGAGGUAAAAUCAUUUGAUGGUUUAGCAAAUCCAUAUUUGGGUUUAGCCUCAAUCCUUUGCGCUGGACUUGAUGGCCUUCGAAACCAUAUUCAGUUGCCUCAACCCAUUGAUACAAAUCCUUCAUACAUGGAUUUAAAGUUUCAAAGAUUGCCUCAAUCGCUUUCAGAAGCUUUAGAAGCUUUGGAAAACAACAAUAUGUUCACAAAUCUCAUAGGUGAAAGAUUGUUGACUGCCAUUAAGGAAAUUCGCAAGGCGGAAGUAAAUCACUACUCAAAGCAUCAAGAAGCGUACAAACAACUUAUACAUCGCUAUUAAGGAUCAACUCAAGUGUUUAUUAUAAGUCAAUAGUUUCCAUCCAAUAAGAAAUUAAAUGUUCAAAUUUUUCUUUUUUCGAGAGAACUAAAAAAAUAAUCAAAAAAUUAUUUAUAAGAAUAUUAUUUGAUGAUAUUAUGAAACUUAAUGUUUGUUUUUCACAUCCACUACUGGAAUGUAUGAGUAAGAAAUAUAACUUAGGUUAUUAGGACCCCUCAUACCCAAUCUGUAAUUAACUCCAAAAAAAAAAAAAGCUUUUGACAUUAAGACUCCUGGAUAAUUGUUAAAGUGAAUAGCAAGGUAAUAAAACUGAAGUUAAAAUUUACAUUUUCGACUA